UUCAUAUAACGAGUCGGGGUCGAGAUUCCAUUAUUCAAGAGCAAUGGCGGCAAGUUUAGGUGUGCUGGGUGAAACAACAAGCAAAAACGUCCUUUCUUGCAAGUUACUUGUUGUAGGAGCUGGUGGAAUUGGCUGUGAAUUGUUAAAGAACUUAGUUCUUACAGGGUUUCAAGAUAUAGCGGUGAUUGAUUUAGACACAAUUGAUGUCAGCAAUUUAAACAGACAGUUCUUAUUUCGGAAGGAACAUGUUGGAAAAUCAAAAGCUCAGGUUGCAAAAGAGAGUGCUAUGAGCUUCAAUCCCAAUGCAAAAAUUGUGGCAUAUCAUGACAGUAUAAUGAGCUCUGAUUAUGGUGUUGAUUUCUUCAAGAAAUUUGACAUGGUCAUGAAUGCCUUGGACAACAGAGCUGCCAGAAACCAUGUUAACAGAAUGUGUCUGGCUGCAGACAUACCCCUGAUAGAGAGCGGGACAGCCGGUUACCUCGGACAAGUGACAGUCAUCAAAAAGGGUUUAACAGAAUGUUAUGAAUGCCAACCAAAGCCUCCACAGAAAACAUUCCCAGGAUGCACCAUUAGAAACACACCUUCAGAGACCAUCCACUGUGUGGUAUGGGCAAAACAUCUGUUUAAUCAGCUGUUUGGAGAGGAGGACCCAGAUCAAGAUGUCUCGCCAGAUACAGAGGACCCCGAGUUAGCAGCUGAGGCAGGUCAGACAGCACUGACACAGGAUAAGAAGGCUGAUGUUGCAGGGGGCAUAGACAGGAAGUCCACAAGAGCCUGGGCAUCAGAAACUGGAUACGAUGCAAAGAAGAUAUUUAAUAAGUUAUUCAGGGAUGACAUUAAGUAUCUAUUGUCAAUGGAGACCUUAUGGAAGAAAAGGAGACCCCCUGUUCCUCUGGAUUUUGACAAACUACCUCAUUCAGAGUCUUCAGAACCGUCCAGUGUGAUGAGGGAUCAGAGAGUCUGGUCGAUGAAGGAGUGUGCCGACGUCUUCACCGACUGUCUGGCCGGACUGAAGAAGGAGUUCGCUAAACAGGGCAAGAACGGGAUGCUGAUCUGGGACAAGGAUGAUGACCUAGCUAUGGACUUCGUGGCAAGCACAGCUAACAUUAGAUCUCACAUAUUUGGUAUCAACUUGAAAACUAGAUUUGACAUCAAGUCAAUGGCUGGGAACAUUAUACCUGCAAUAGCAACAACAAACGCAAUCAUAGCAGCUCUUAUAGUGAUGGAGGGGUUAAAAAUUUUAAAUGGAAGAAUAGAGGAUUGUAAACAAAUAUACUUAAACAGACAACCAAAUCCUAGGAAAAAACUCCUGGUGCCAUGUGCUCUUGACAAACCCAGUCCAAAGUGUUACGUGUGCUCAUCCAAACCUGAAGUGACGGUGGUGCUAAAUACAGAAAAAAUUACAGUCAAGACACUGGAAGACAAGAUCUUAAAGAAUGCCAUAGGGAUGGUGGCCCCAGAUGUAGAAAUUGAUGAUGGAAAAGGAACUAUUCUCAUCUCAAGUGAGGAGGGAGAAACAGAAGAAAACAGUGAUAAAUUUUUGAGUGAAUUCCAUAUAGGAAAUGGCAGCAUUCUUAAGUGUGAUGACUUUUUACAAAAUUAUGAAUUAAAAGUGAUAAUAGCUCACACGGAGAAGUUGGAGGAGGAGAAGGAAUUUGAUGUAGUGGGAGAUUUAUCAGAGCUUCAGGCCAAACCAGAGGAGGAAAAAACAGCCAAUCACAACGGAGCUACCAAAGACCAGGAAGAGGAAGAAGACGAUGUCAUGGUGGUGGACGAUAUUGAGGCAAUCAAAACUGGAACAAAACGCAAAGCUGACCAAGAUCCUGAGGCGAUCAAGGCCAAAAGAGUGAAGGCCAGCUCGGAUCAAAGUGAUGAUAUUGUGAUUCUAUAAAUAGAAUGGGGUGAUCACCAAAAUCUGACUGAGACAUGAAAAUAAAUCAAGGAUACCCUAAAAACUGAAGAUAUAUGUACAUGUUUGUAUGCUAGGACUUGUAAAAUUUUGGAUGCUUGUUCAAGGUCACCGGAUUGUCUCGGACAUUAAUGCUCUGUUUUCAGAGUGACAAACUUUAUAAGUGCUCUUUUGAAAGAAUAAUUUUAUAAGCAAAAUAAGAUAUUUCGUAUAGUGCA